AUGCUCAAACACUAUUGGUAUAGAGCGACACUACAGGCCGGCCUCUCCACUCAACCCUCGUACGCCAUUCGUCUUGAACACGGCCAAGCACCUCGAUGGCGUCUGAAAGCAUUGCACCGACAAUCGAACAUCCUUGGCGAUGGUGGCUACGGAACUGUAUUUCUUAGUCAAAAUUCGCAAAACAGGAGCAUAGCGGUGAAAACGGAAAAGUACAGCAAGUCGAUGUUACACAUUGAAGUGAAUGUUCUCAAAGCAGCUAAUGCUGCCAAGUGCAAGCACUUUUGUCAGCUAUUCGAUUAUGGCACUUGCAAGCCAGACUACGUCUACGUUGUGAUGACGCUUUUACAUAAGGAUCUUCACAAAUUAAGGGCGGAGAUGCCAGACAGAAAGUUCACAUUCAGCACUGCUCUUCGUCUAGCGAUGCAAACUUUCAACGCCAUUGAAGAAUUGCACUCGAUUGGAUAUAUUUCUCGUGAUAUCAAACCCGGUAAUUUUGCUCCUGGGCAUAAGGCAACAAGAGAAGGAAAAACUAUCUUUAUGUAUGACUUCGGCCUCGCAAGAAGAUAUGUAGACAAGAAUAGGAAUGUCAUACCAUCACGGAAGGAGGUAGGAUGGAGAGGUACUACCCGUUAUGGAAGCCUUAUAGCACAUAAAAGACAGGACCUUGGUAGGCGCGAUGACUUGGAAAGCUGGUUCUACAUGUUGAUUGAAAUUACAAGGGGAAGUCUACCAUGGAGACUGGUUACAGAUCGAGCUCAAGUUUAUGCCGCUAAGCUAGCCGCUCGAGAAGGUGAAGGACGAGCACAUUUUCUCAGUGAUACACCACCUCAGUAUAACAUGCUACUCACAUGGAUUGAUGCUUUGGUAUUUGAAGAUACACCUCCUUACUCUAAAUUCUACAAUAUGCUAGAUGGGAUCCGCGAAGAACGUAAAAUUCGUAUGCAUGAACGUUGGGACUGGGAAGACGACACGUCAACAGUCACAAGCAGAUCCGAUGCUCGAACUGAUGCCCGAAAUUAGCCAUUAUUUUAUUUCGCAAAUUCCCAUUUCAUUUCCGAGUAAAUUAUCAGUCUAACGAAGCAAAUGUGACUUUUCCAUGAUAAUAAGCCAACCAUGCUGUAUGUCGCGACAUCCGCAC